GAGAGAGGAGCCCGCGCGCCUCAGGAGGAGGAAACAACCCGCGCGUGUUCAUCUGCCGUGUCCUGUGAGCGCGCGCGCAGAGGGGAAUCCUCCAGCGAUGCCGCUCCUGUCCUGUCACGCACGAGGGGAUUAAAAACGCCGUAAUCCCACCGUCAGUGUGCAUGCGCAAACUCCGGCGCGCGCGUCGUCUGCCCGCUGGUCAUUCAGUGAUUUUCCUCCAGGAAACGUCUCAAACACCCGCAGGUGUGACGUGAACAGUCCCGUCAGGCCUCAGAAACGUCCUCACCGACGAUGCAAACCAGCAGCUUCUUCGCUGGCUCCACAUCUGUCCUCAUCCGAGACACGUGAAGCUCCGCACCAUGUCGAAAUGUGAGCUGAUCGAGCUGAAGGACCUCAGUCUGAAUGAUCCCAUCGAGCUGGCGGCUCCGUCGCCGCCGCCCGUACGCUCCGGUCAGACCGGCCUCCAGCAGCACCACGUCGUCCGGCUGGUUGGAGACAGCGUCAACAUCGAGGCUGCCGUCCGCCGUCCAGAGGAAGGCGCUCUCGGUCACAGUUUCCAGCCCUACAGCUACACACACCUCACCUGGUGUGACCUUUGUGGGGAGUUCAUCUGGGGUCUUUAUCAGAAGAGUUUGCGCUGCAGCAAUUGCAGUUACACUUGUCACCAUCGCUGCCAACCCUUCAUCCAGCUGGACUGCAGCGCUCGGGGAAGCGUUUUCACAGAGAGUUAUACGGAUGACUCCAUUGAGACUGACACAAACGUGGAUGAACAGAUUACAGUGGGUUUGCAUGAUCUGAGUACUGCAGAGAUUCAGCAAAGGGUCAAAGAGUACAACGCUCAGAUUACCAAUAAUCUGUAUAUGGUGGACAACAAAGAUGGCUCCUUCACUGGUUUCAUCAAAGUUCACUUUCAGCUGGCCCGCCCCGUCUCACUGCCUCCUCCUCCUCAGUGCCAGAGCGUGACGCAGGAGGAGGAGGAGGAGCAUGGCAGAUGCAUGAAGCGGCGGACAUCGUUCUACCUCCCCAAAGAUAGUGCGAAGCACCUGCAUAUAAGCUCAGAAACUCGGGUGCGAGAGGUCAUCCAAGCGUUGCUCAACAAGUUCACUGUGGUGGACAACCCUGCAAAAUUUGCUUUGUUUGAGCGCACAGAGAAACAAAGUUACGUUUUCAUGCGUAAACUCUCUGACGACGAGCGUCCGUUACACCUGCGCUUGCGUGCCGGCCCCAGUGAAACGCUCCUGUGUCUGGUUUUAAAGGAAAAUGACACCGGAGACGUAAAUUGGGACGCCUUUAGCUUUCCGGAGUUGUGCAACUUUCUGCAAAUCCUGCAGCGCGAGGAGGAGGAGCACGUGCGGCAGAUUGUGAGGCGCUACGCUCUCGCUAGAGAAAGGAUGAAACAAGCCAUGGCUCAAAUGAACACUCCCGGUUGACUCUUCAGUAUUGAUACUCUCCAUGAGCAAGAACUGCAUAAAGGGACGGACAGAACUCAGGCAGUUACAGCGCAGAAUAAUAAAACAAGAUGUUUAUUAGGAAUACCUGUGUAAGAUUAACUUUUUAAAUUUUAUAGACUUUAAGCAAAAACAUUAACAUGAACUUGAACUGUUAUUUGUUUUCUUAAAAAAUGCUGCUGAUUUAGGUUAUUUAUAGUGAUAAUAAAGAAAUAUUGAUGUUUUUGGGUUGUUUUAUGGGAUAUUUCAAGCACUUUAAUCAACCUGUGAAGCUGAGAAGUGUUUUUAUUCUGUUUGUCUAAUAAAUGUUUUCAUGGUAUUUUUGCAAAAUAAUCGUUUGAAUGUUGUGGAUAUUUUGAAUCAGCGUGCAGUAGAGUGUGUACACAGAUCACUCAGGAUCUGAAUAAUCUUUGUAUUUCUUUUUAAAGAAAUUGCUUUAAAGACUUGUCAAAAAUCAAAUUCAUUUAUCUACACACAAACUACAUCAACAACAGACUGUCAAAUCAGAGGUUAUAUAUUAAUAAAGAAAGACUUACCAGUUCAGAGAA